CACGGACUUCACUUCAUUAUCUUUGACUCAUACCUUCUAGAUCCUACUAGAGAUCCAAACAUACUAGACGACCCAUCAUACUUGUACGAUGUCACAGGAAUCACCACUUAGCGAACCAGUCAUCUACCACGGCAAGAAAUUCAUCGUGCUCAGCGAUUGGGAUGGCACAAUCACCACUCAGGACUCCAAUGAUUUCGUGACGGACACCUUUGGGAUGGGGCACUCAGAUCGCGUUCUGCUCAAUCAGCGUAUACGUAAAGGCGAAGAUAACUUCCGAGAUGGAUUCCGGAAAAUGAUCCUGAGCGUCGUUGAGAAUGGAAAAAAGGAAGGCAAGGUGACGCAUACAUUCGAGUUCUGCAAAAAUGCUGUCGCGGACAACAUCAAAGUCGACGAUACUUUCAAGGGUUUCUACGAAUUUUGCGAAACGAAUGAUAUACCCGUGGUAAUCGUGUCCAGUGGUAUGGAACCUAUCAUCCGUGCAGUCCUGAAUAAGCACCUCGCCAGCCUCGACGGCAUUCAAAUAAUAUCGAACGAGGUGAAAACCUAUGAUGAUGGAAGUUGGGACAUUCAAUACCGUCAUCCCGAGAGCGGCUUCGGACACGACAAGUCGAAGGCGAUUGCCCCAUACAGGAAUAUGGAGCCGGCCCCGAUCGUAUUCUUCUUUGGUGAUGGCGUUUCAGACUUAUCCGCAGCGCGGGGAGCGACUUGUCUGUUCGUUAAGCACAAGCCAAAUGGAGAGAACGAAUUGAUGGAAUACUGCAUCAUGAACAAGAUCAAGCACAGAUUAUUCCAGAGUUUCGAGGAAGCGCAAAAUUUGAUGAAGCUCAUCAUCUUUGCGAAGACGGAGGAAGAGCGACAGAAUAUCAUUUCACGGGAGUGGCCCGAAGUAGUUUAGAAGUGAUCUC